AUGCUUCUCUUGGAUUACCAGAAUGCUCUGAUUCAGUCGCUCCUUACGGAGCGGUUUUCUGGAGCGACCCCCGUUUCCAUUGACCAAGUGGUUUCCGACUUCGACGGAGUAACAUUCCACCUUUCUACCCCCGAGUCCAAGACGAAAAUUCUCAUCUCCAUCAAUGUGAAAUGUUACAAGGAAUUGGUCCAGUACGGGGCCCAGGAGGUGUUGGAAAGAGAAUACGGACCCUACAUCGUGUCUCCUGAGCCCGGAUAUGACUUUUCAGUACAAAUUGAUUUGGAGAACCUGCCCGCGGAGGAGGAGGCCCGCAACGACUUGAUCAUGAAGCUCGCCCUCCUGAAGCGGAAUGCAAUGGCUGCUCCUUUUGAGAGGGCAUUCGAUGAAUUCAACAAACUCGCCGAGGAAGCCUCGAGAUACACCUCCGAGUCAGCACCACAGGGUAUCAAGGAGGGCGGCGAAGUCAUGGCGAUUCACUACCGCGAGGAGGAGGCCAUCUACAUCAAGGCCAACUGGGAUCGAGUCACAGUGAUUUUCAGCACCGUCUUCCGCGAGGAGACAGAUCGGAUCUUCGGGAAGGUCUUCCUGCAGGAAUUCGUCGACGCCCGGCGACGUGUCUUGACGCUGCAGAAUGCUCCUCAGGUUCUUUUCCGUAACGAUCCCCCGCUUGAGCUGGCAGGUGUGCCUGGUCUGAGUGCCACCGAAGGCGAAGUCAGCUAUGUCACCUUUGUUCUAUUCCCUCGACACUUGACCCCGCAGCGUCGCUAUGAGAACAUCUCUCAUAUCCAGACCUUCCGUGAUUACUUCCACUACCACAUCAAAGCCUCGAAGGCCUACAUCCACACUCGAAUGAGAAAGAGAACAGCAGACUUCCUCCAAGUGCUCAACCGAGCCAGACCGGAGAAUGAAGAGCGCGAGCGUAAGACUGCCAGUGGGCGUACAUUCCGAGUGCAGGCUUAA